UAUCCACAUGUAGUAAAAAGCACUGCUCACGCGGUCGUACACGAUGGUUUCCCACAAUGUUGGCGGAGGAAAUACCCCUCUCUCCGGCCUCCCCCGCCCCUUUUUCCAACGCAUGGUUCUCGCAGGGGGCUUGAGUAAAACUUUCAACUCUCCUUCGGCAGUCCUGUAAUUUAAUAUUUUCAGAUCGGACCUGAUUGAAGACCACAGUAACACAAACCCUACGAGUACUUCAUUCCCUUCUUCCUCCUCUCUCUCUCUCUCUCUCUCUCUCCAUUUCGGAGUUUCUUCUGCCACGCUUAUCGAUAUCUUCUACCUUUAUUCCUUCAAUGGCGGGGAAGAAAGGGGGGCAAGGUGAGAUGCUGGAAUCAGUGUAUUCGGUCCUAGCGCUGGUUUUUAUACUGGUCGCCUGUGUGGAGCUCUGCGAUGCUGCGACCGCUGUUGAUGUCUACAGGCUUAUUCAGUACGAUCUCGCCGGUGUUCCUUUCGGAUCUCGCUUUGCUAGCCUUAAUCAUCACGCUGGUUCAUCGCCGUUUGUGCCUGGAGCAGAUCUUUCGCGCACUGUUGUUAUAAUCCCUAUUCGAGAAAUCAAUAUCACUCUUCUUCGAGACUAUAUUAAGGAAGGACAGGCAUUGGGUGGAUUACUGCUUUUUCUUCCACAGAAGUUUGGUCCUGAUAAUAGUAAAUACAAAAUUGAAGGUGACCAAAGUCAAGGAAAAGAGCUGAUGAGAAACAUAUUGUUUGAGCUGGAAGAAUUACUUAUACAUGCCAACAUCCCUUACCCAGUUUAUUUUGCUUUUGAGGAUGACAAGAUUAACGCUGUCUUAGCUGAUGUCAAGAGGAAUGAUGCUACUGGCCAGCCUGCAUCUGCGACAACUGGCGGAUACAAGCUUGUCGUCUCAAUGCCAGAACCUAAGAAGCUAACAUCUCCCACCAUCACAAACAUUCAGGGAUGGUUACAGGGAUUAAAAGCAGAUGGAGAUACAAAUCAACUGCCAACAAUUGCUAUAGUUGCAUCAUAUGACACCUUUGGUGCUGCUCCGGGAUUAUCAGUGGGAACUGAUAGUAAUGGAAGUGGUGUUGCGGCACUUCUAGAAAUUGCCCGGUUAUUCUCUCGUCUUUAUUCAAAUCCAAAGACAAGAGGUUCGUACAAUCUACUAUUUGGGCUAACAUCUGGUGGGCCUUACAACUACAACGGAACUCUAAAGUGGCUUCGGAGCCUUGACCAGCGUUUGCGUGAGAGUAUUGACUAUGCUAUAUGCUUGAAUAGCAUUGGUUCUUGGGACAAUGAAAUGUGGAUUCAUGUGUCUAAGCCUCCAGAAAAUGUCUACAUAAAGCAAAUUUUUGAAAGUUUCUCAAAUGUGGCAGAGGAAUUGGAAGUCAAAGUUGGUCUGAAGCACAAAAAAAUAAACGUGUCAAACCCACGAGUAGCUUGGGAGCAUGAGCAAUUUUCAAGGUUAAGAGUUACUGCUGCCACCCUCUCAGAGCUUUCUGUGGCUCCUGAAUUAUUAGAAAGUACUGGGGGCCUAUAUGACAGCAGGCAAUUUGUGAAUGAAACUGCAGUUACUAGAAGUGUCAAGUUGGUUGCUGAGAGUCUUGCGAGGCAUAUUUAUGGUCACCAAGGAAAGAAGAUUCAAAUCUUUGCGGAUGGUAGCAGCUUGGCUGUCAAUCCCUUUUAUAUAGAGUCAUGGUUGGAUCUUCUGUCUCGGACACCCAGAAUGGCUCCUUUUCUCAAAAAGAAUGAUCCAUUCAUAUUGGCGUUGAAGAAGGAAUUGUCAGAUCACACAGCUGACGUUAAUGUGCAGCAUGAAUUACUUGAUGGGAUGUUCACUUUUUAUGAUUUGACAAGAGCCACACUUAAUAUAUACCAGGUAGGUAGCGUAACAUUUGACCUGCUUCUGCUUCUUGUGUUGGGAUCAUAUUUGAUACUGCUCUUCAGUUUUCUCGUCAUCACAACCAGGGGUGUUGAUGAUCUCAUCAGCUUAUUCCGCCGACCUCCCUCCCGCAAGGUUAAAACAGCAUAACCAGAGGUUUCAAUGCUCCAGAGUGUUGUAUGAGUGGUGCUUGAGUCUGCAGAUUUAUUAUUGUAGCUUUUAGUUGAAAGCACCGCAAGCAGUCCUAGAGCUGGUGCAUAGUUGGUCCACUUUAUAGGUUAGAGGGAUUGUUUAUCGCUUAAGAAAGGAUAUUUUUUCAAUGCAAGAAAAAUUUUGGCUGAUAUUUUGAUGCUAUUUUUGGAAAAAUCUUCUUGUAACCAAAGUUGGUCAAAAUAAGUUGUAUUUUUUUUUUUUGGGUAGCAUAACACACUUUUCCUUUUAACUAGGAUGAAAUCUUGUCAUUUUCACAUUUGUACUCAGACCAUGACAGCUUAAGAAUGACAAUGGCAAAUCAUUUUCAAUUAAUUUUGAUAA